CAGUAAGUCACAGGGUGGGGGGUUAAAAAAGUCUUGGCAGAGAAAAUGCUGGAGCUGUAUCAGGAAAGGUUGGAACAAAGUCUGAAGCUUGUGCAGGGGCUGUGAGCACAGCAAGAGGCUUUCUUCUGGCCUUGUUCCUGCUCCCUCCCACCUGCUCCUCUCACAUGACUAGGUCCUAACAAAAUCUAGGGGAAAGAUUUGCUCUUGGGUACUCUCUCACCAGGCUUAUUUACGGCAACUUGCAGCCACAGGGCAAAGUCCAGGUGGGAAGACCUUUCUAUCCCCACCUUGUCCUCCCAAACCCUCUGGCACUCAGAGAACAGCACAUCCAGAGCUCAACCUGGAAGAGAUCAGCCAUGGUGCUCUGGGGUCCGGUGCUAGGAGCCCUGCUGGUGGCCAUUGUGGGCUAUCUGUGCCUUCGGGGGCUGCUCCGGCAACGAAGACCCACGGAGCCCCCUCUGGAUAAGGGCCCCGUGCCCUGGCUGGGCCAUGCCAUGGCUUUCCGGAAGAAUAUGUUCGAAUUUCUGAGGCAUAUGCAGGCCAAACAUGGGGACAUAUUCACAGUACAGCUGGGGGGGCAGUACUUCACCUUUGUCAUGGACCCUCUCUCUUUUGGCCCCAUCCUCAAGGAUGCGCAGAGGAAGCUAGACUUUGUGGAGUAUGCGCAAAAACUGGUGCUAAAGGUAUUUGGAUACCGCUCCGUGGAGGGAGACUACAGGAUGAUACACUCAGCCAGCACCAAGCACCUCAUGGGGGAAGGCUUGGAGGAGCUCAACAAAGUCAUGUUAGACACCCUGUCCUUGGUUAUGCUGGGGCCCACAGGCUCCAGUCUGGACACCCGCUGCUGGCGUGAGGAUGGCCUCUUUCACUUCUGCUACAACAUCUUGUUCAAGGCUGGCUACCUGAGCUUGUUCGGCUACACAAAGGACAAGGACCGGGACCUGCUGCAGGCAGAGGAGCUGUUCCUGGAGUUUCGCAAGUAUGACCGCCUGUUCCCCAGGUUUGUUUACUCCCUGCUGGGGCCCCGGGAGUGGCUGGAGGUGGGUCGGCUCCAGCGUCUCUUCCAUAAGGCACUCUCGGUGGAACACAACCUGGAGAAGUACGGCGUAAGCAACUGGAUCACCUACAUGCUUCAGUUUCUGAGGGAGCAGGGCGUCUCCCCGGCCAUGCAGGACAAGUUCAACUUCAUGAUGCUCUGGGCCUCCCAGGGUAACACAGGGCCUACCUCUUUCUGGGCCCUCUUGUUCCUCCUGAAGCACCCAGAGGCCAUGCGGGCUGUGAGGGAGGAGGCCACCCGGCUCCUGGGAGAGGUCAGGCUGGAGGCUAAGCAGUCCUUCAAGUUCGGGGCCCUGCAUCGCAUGCCGGUGCUGGACAGCGUGAUGGAAGAAACACUGCGGCUGAGGGCCUCGCCCACCCUCCUCAGGGUGGUGAACGACGACCAGGUCCUGCAGAUGGCCAGCGGGCAGGAGUGCCUGCUCCGCAGUGGAGACAUCCUGGCCCUCUUCCCUUACCUCUCAGUGCACAUGGACCCCGACAUCCACCCCGAGCCCACCGCCUUCAGGUACGAUCGCUUUCUCACCCCCAGCGGCAGCCGAAAAGUAGACUUCUACAAGGCAGGCAAGAAGAUCCGCCACUACACCAUGCCGUGGGGCUCGGGCGUCUCCAUCUGCCCUGGGAGGUUCUUGGCCCUCAACGAGAUGAAGCUCUUUAUCUUGCUCAUGGUCAUGAACUUUGACUUGGAGUUGGUGGACUCUGACACACCUGUGCCACCCGUGGACCCCCAGCGCUGGGGCUUUGGCACCACACAGCCCAGCCACGAGGUGCGAUUCCGCUACCGCCUUCGGCCUUCGGAGUGAGCUCUGUCCAGGCGGCCUCGAGUGUGGCUGCGGGGGCUCCCGUGGGUCUCUGCCUCCUCUCAACCACCCCUCUAAAGCCCCAGACCAACCCCCUCCUCUGUCCUGCUUGUCCUCCCUGCUCUUUGGCAUCCUUCUGGUCACCUCACAGGCUGAUACUUCUCUCUUGAAACACUGUCUCUCAUGGCAGAUGCGGCGUAAUUCACCUCUCACAGGAAGUCCAGGGAAGGGGAAACAUCUGUGGGCAACUCAGUUUGGGGGAUAAUACAUGCCAUGACAAAUCUCACGCAGUACAGACACCAGUUAUGGUGAGUCAUGUAGCAUCUUGCAAACAUUGGUCUCCACCCUCCCGCUCCACUUUGCUUGUUUUCCUCAACACUUACCCUGUGGGAUUCAGGGUCUAGAACAGUGUCAUCCGAUAGCCAUAUGAGGUAAGCCACACGUGUAAUUUUUCAUCUCCUAGCUGACAUGUUUUUAAAAGUAAAAAGAAACUGGUGAAAUUCAUUUUUCUACUGUAUUUUGCUUGUCCUGAUGUAUCUAAAAUAUUAGCAUUUCAAUGGGGAGUCAUACAAAAGUAUUAAUGAAAUAUUUUUACAUUUCUUUUUCCCUCCAAAAUCUGGUCUGUACUUUUCAACCCUUCAAACUGAGCUCUCAAUAGCCACGUGCUUCUGUAUUGGACAGAGCGGCUCUAGAGAAGGGUGGCCUUUCAUGGAGGAGAUAUGCAAGGUCCCUCUUGCCUGCCCUCCUCUCCCCUCUGCACCCCCACCUUGGGGUGAUUUCAACCCCUCACUUGGUUUCCACAACCAUCGCUAAGCUCAGAGCUCUCUCCUACCUCCAGACCCCCAAUCUCCCCACAGCGGUCUAAGAGCACCUCUGCUACAGUUCAGCCCACACGCAGAACUCAGCACCUGUCCCCCC